CAAUAUUGGAUACUAUAAACAUGCUACAAGGAUAUUCACUUUAUUACUAUAUUACAAUUAUUUACUUUAGAUGCAUUACUUUGUACUUUGUCUAAACGAGGCGCCCGUGCCCGGCCAAACUGGUUUUACACAAUAGCCAGAUCGAAUUCUAAAAGAAAGAGAUAGGUAGUCAAAGAAAGGGAAAGAUAGGGUUGAAAACAAUAGAGUCCAGGGUGACGGACAGUGAAAAUAGCAAACAUAGCGAUGGGCACUAUUUCUAUCCCUUUCCCACAUAGUUGCAAUAUGUUACUGAUAAGAAAGUUUAGUCGGUCAUGUUAACUCAAAAUGGCAAGUCCAGGUCCUUCACGGGGUUUAGCACAAACCAAUUACAAAAUAAUUUCAAAUAAACUAGGUGGAAGAACGUUACUACAUGUCGGAUUUGCUUAUAAUCUUCAUAGGAAAAAUAAUAAAUCGAGUGUGUGGACAUGCGUAAAUAAAAGACAUGGCAAGUGUAGUGGUUCUAUAAAAUUAAGUGAGGAAAGUGACAAUGUACAAAUCCAAAAGUGUCAUAAUGCUGAGUGUCAACCUAACUUAAUGAAAAAUGAAGUUAGAGUUGUUAUGGAAAAAUUAAAAAAGGAAGUGAAAACGAGUUUCUCGAGCUCUAUACAACAAAAAUUUGAAACAAAAUUUGCCGAGUUAAAAAACACAGACACAGCCUUCGAUGAAUACAUACCCAAAUUCAAUAAUAUCAAGCAACAGUUAUACAACUCUCGAAAGAAAGCCUUAAAUGUAGAAAAGACACAGUUUCGUAAUCCAGCUGAAGUCAUUAUACCUGAGAUUUUUCAAAAAUAUCUAUUAGUUGAUUACUGUGAGAACGACAACAGAAUUAUAGUAUUCGUAUCAGCACAGGCUUUAAAACACAUCAAAAAUAUACAACACUACUUCGGGGAUGGUACAUUUGAUUGUUGUCCAGGUCCAUUUUACCAAAUAUUUACCAUUCAUGGAGAUAUGGGAAGUGAUGCACAAGCAACCAAUAUUGUGCCUAUAUUUUAUGUGCUACUAGUUAAUAAAGAAAAAAGUACAUAUGAAGUCAUGUUUAAAAAAAUUAAAGAAGCUGUGCCGGACUUCAGCCCCAUGAAAUUCACUGUAGAUUUUGAAUUAGCUACAAUGCUGGCAAUAAAAGAGGUAUUGCCAGCGGUCACAAUACAUGGCUGUAAUGUUCACUUCCAAAGAGCCAUUUACAGAAAAGCGAAGUCUUUAGGUUUAUUGGCACACGAAGAAACAACAUUGUAUGUGAAACUGUGCACCUGUCUAGCAUUUCUUCCUAAAGAAGAUAUAGAAGAUGGUUGGCUUUCCGUAAUGGAAAACAGUAUUCCCGAUGAAAAAGUCACCCAAUUCAACGAUUAUUUCGUUGAACAAUGGCUUGAGCCUCCGGGGAUGAUCUCAAAGUGGUGUUGCUAUAAAGAACGACAUAGAACCACAAAUUUAGUGGAGGCCAGGAAUCAACGGCUUCAGUGCUAUCUGGGCCGAAAACCAUCAUUAUUAUCGUUUUUGGAAAUUAUAACAACUGAUAUUUCUACGUAUAGCACAGGUCAAGUGAGGUAAAAUGCUGAUUACUUACAUAACGCUUAAUAUAUCAGUAAUUCAUUUUUUUUACUCUUAGUAAAUAAUCUUUAUCUUAUACUUUCAGAUUACGACGAAAUGACAGUCCUAUAAUAUGUAAAAGGAAAAAAUCUUCAAUAAUCAAUGACAAACUCAUUGCUAAGCUGACAGACAAAUAUGAAAAGAAACAAAUUACAAUUAUGGAGUUUUUGGAACAAAUCCGUCCGUAUGUGCAAGUCA